AUGUCGAAUGGUUAUUACAUGGUCAUUGGGGAGGACGGAAAAUUCAAAAAUUGGGUUCUGAAUGAUGACCCUUUCUUCAUGGGAGGAAGAGGGAUGUUUAUUAAAGAAUGGGAGCCAAACUUCGACCCUCUGAAAGCAUCUAUUGAAGAGAUUCCAAUUUGGCUCAAGCUAUAUAAUCUCCUAAGGAAGUACUGGGAUUUGGAUACUCUUCAAAAAAUUGGGAACAAGUUAGGGGUUUUUAUUAAUGCAGACGAAGCCAUUGAGGAAAAAGAUUUUAGUAUGUACGCAAGAAUUUGUAUUGGCUGGAAGCCCAAUUCUCCAUUGCCGAAUACCUUAGAGAUUAGAACUAAUGUAGGGUUAUGGAUCCAAAAAAUAGAGGUGGAGGAGUUUAUGGAGCAUUGUCGAGUUUGUAAAGGGAAGGACACACAGAAGGGCAAUGUAUGGUACAAAAAGAAAAAAUGCACAGAAUCAGAAGAGUUGAACAAAAUAGUAAUUGCGUGUGACCUAGUGCUAAUUGUAGGGGUGAACAUUCUAGAGGAAAUGAGCAAAGAUAGGGGCAAAACGCAGAUUUUGGAUGGAAUGGAAAGCAUUGCAGAUCUAAAUUUUAAUCUAGAUGUGAUCACUUACUAA